ACCAAACUCCAUUUUGAAGUACAACUUUUCACCAGUGACGAAUGGUCAGGCCCUACGAGACUUUAUCUGCUACCGGCUCAUCUGACUCUAAUAUUUGUUCGACGAAAAUGAAUUACUUCAUCCCCAACGGUCUGCGCUCUUCGUUUAUUUUGGCGGAACUGCUUCAGGUUCUCGGAGCCGACUCGAGAUCAGCGAACAGCAACAAGUCCAAAAUCAAGUCCUACUGGUCUCCCACCAGCAAGGCAGCUCAGACUCUGUCGGUCAGCCGCCUUCUGGCCAACACGCUGGACGGCAAGGAUAACUUCACCUCGGUGGAACUGGACUUCCACAUGGAGGAGGACUUGGAGUCGGACUCCAAGCGGUGGACCUGGCUCUACAACUCGUCCACGUCUUCGGCCGCAGGGGGGCGCUCCCGGGCCAAGAGGAGGCCCAUCGUGAAGACGGGCAAGUUCAAGAAGAUGUUCGGCUGGGGCGACUUCCACUCCAACAUCAAGACGGUCAAGCUCAACCUGCUCAUCACCGGCAAGAUCGUAGACCACGGCAACGGCACCUUCAGCGUCUACUUCCGACACAACUCCACGGGGCAGGGCAACGUGUCGGUGGGACUCGUACCGCCCACCAAGGCGGUGGAGUUCCAGGUCCUGCACCACCAGCAUCAGAACCACCAGCAGCACGAGCUCCGAGUCCAGCAGCAGACGGCGGUGGAGAGCAAGGAGAGCAAGCUGUUCAACUGCCGCGUGGAGUACGAGAAGGUGGAACGCGGCACCCGGAACUCGCUGUGCGCCCACGACCCGUCGCAGAGUUGCCCUCAGGACCAGACCCAGAGCCACGUCUCCUGGUUGUGCUCCAAGCCCUUCAAAGUCAUCUGCAUCUUCAUCACCUUCCACAGCACCGACUACAAGCUGGUGCAGAAGGUGUGUCCCGACUACAACUACCACAGCGACACGCCCUACACGCCCACCGGUUGACGGGGGACGGAGGAGGAAGAAGAAGCGGACUCAUCCCGGUCCUCAGCCCGGAGGCCGGUGACGGUGCGUUCAGGGAAGCUUGGUCAACUCCCUCAAAGUGAUCUCAUGUAAAUACACGGAUGCCACUCAGACAGCGUUCAUCUCACGUUUUGUUUGUCAUCUGUGGCUUUUUCCGGCUCAAUCGCAGACGCCAAAAAUCAGUCGAAGAUGGGAAACUUUGGUCUGUUUUUUUUUUUUUUUUUUUUUUCCCACGGUGAUCCCCUGCUCGUCACGGGAUCUACAUUCCGGACCCGCUCAUGAUGACUGGUGAAAAUCUGCACUAUGUAGAGGCCAUAUUGGAACAUUUUAUUCAGUAUUCCUUUGCGCCGGUUCUCACUCUCAUACUAAAAAAAAAAAAAUGUCAGUUUGAGGAGAUGCAAAGAAACCUCUCACUCGUAGGAUUUUCAAAAUAAGAGGCCAAGCGUACCUGCUUCAAGUUUUUUUUUUAUUCAUCGCUCCCUGUCGAAGUUAACUACAAAUCUGACCUAUAAAACAAAUAGUAAUGAAACAUAUGUAUUUAAAUGCCAAAAUAUUAAAACCAUGUAAUUUAAUUUAUCGAGAGUCCACUAUCUUCAUGCAUAGAAUGUGAAAUGCCGUAGACAUUAGAAUAGAUCUUGUAAACCUUCAAACAACACGUUAGCCUAAUAGCAUGAUUGUGGCUGUCACUUUUAAUGUAUUGCUACCAAAACAAUAAAACAAUUACAAUUUUGGUGCCUUGAGAUACAAGUGCGCGUUUGUCACGAUACUUAGCUACUGAUUAACUUGAAAAACGAGCAAAAAUUUGACAUACACUUGGACCUCGGUUUUCAUGAUUAAUCCAUUCUAGCAAGUUUGACGAAAACCAAAUUGUUCAAAAUCCAAAGCAAUAGUUCCUAUAGGAAAUAAUGGAUAUCCAAUUAAUUCGUUCCAAACACUCAAAAAUGUUUUGUUUUUUUUUUUAACUGGGAAUAACUAUACCUGUUGAUACAACAAACUGUGUGAAUUAGCUACGAAUGAAUAACGAAGUUGAUAAAUGAACAUUUAACAUAAUUUUUACCUUUAUUGAAGACUCGUAAUAGGUACUGGAAGGCUGUCGGUGGAGAAAGACAGUUAUUUUCGUACUUGCUCCAAGUUCUUGACUUCUUUGGUGUGUCUCGCCUUCUUUAUCACAUGACUAGCAUUCAAAACUUCCCUCCUCUUGUUUAAAAAUACUUCAACAAAAGGAAAGAUGUUUUCCGCAAUGGAUGCUUUAAUUCGCAACUCAAGGCAAUAACAACCGUCCCAGUGUGUAGCGCAACACUCAAGGAAGUUGGGAGAAUGUCGGCGGGCGUAAAUCGUACACAAACUAGGUUAUAUGAAAACUGAGCUUCAAUUGUGGGUGUGCUUCAGACUCCCACCGCUAGACGGCGCUAGCCAACUUCGCAAGAUCCAGCCACGAUCACUUCGUAUUGGUUUCCAGUAAGAGUCGGUGGCGCUACUGCACUAUUAAGCUGUUUUGCUAACAGCCAAUCAACCUGAUACAAGACCAAAACGAGACAAUAUAUUAGGUAAAGUCAGCCUAAUUUUUCUCAAGAAUUAAACCUGUUAAAAAGCUAAUUUGAGGUGUUUUGAGUCAGGUGGUGAAUUAGAUUUAUAGCAUUUGCAUUCAUUUCAGUGGGCAAAGACGAUUUAAAAUCUGAGUGCUUUGAUAUACAAGUGUGGUCACCAAACAAAUUCAACUCGUAUCUCAAGGCAACUGUGAUGCGGCUAACAAAAUGCUGCUUAACACAAACGGCGCAGCAACCUACAUAAACAGAUCAUAAAACAAUACUAACAGGCACAUUUUUGUGCUCCUUCUCUAACUUUAAGAUGCCGCCAGAUUCUGGCUAAUAAGAAAGUAGUAAUAUGUAUUUUUACAGUUGCAAAGAUGAGAUCUUCAUAUUUUGUUCGCAACAAGUCACCUGCAACGCAUUAUUAUUAUUUUUUUUUUUUCAGGGCUAACGUUGAAGGAUUUUAAAGUGUUUGGGCAUAGCAGUUCGGGUUAUCAUGAAGGUUGAAAAUUAUUAAUAUAGGCAAUCACGAACAUUUGAGGGGGUGUCAGUUACGCGCACUUCACUGUACUUGUUCUAUGUUGCAAGCUGUCGCAUCUAAAAACGUGUUUCUCGUGUGUCAUGUGUUUCAAGGAUCCCCAAAAAGUGCGGGGUGCCCACCAAUCACAUCCGGUGAAUGAAUAAAACGUACACAAACAAACAUGAGACGCGGAUCAUUUGCUGCUGUGCUUGUUUUGAGAU